AUGAAGCACGAGAAGGUUUCGGAUCCGAUCCCAACCGAAAUCCUUAUAGAUAUAUUCUCUCGAGUCCCCUGGAAGUCAGUAGGUAGGUUUCGUUGCGUAUCUAAAUUCUGGAGAUCCACACUUGGCCUUCCUUAUUUCACAGAGCUGUUCCUCGUUAACUCUUUAGCUCGUCCACGGAUCUUAUUUUCCGUAGAAGUUGAUGGAGACUUUUUGUUCUUUUCUUCACCUCAACCUCAAAAUCCAGCUAACAACUCUUCUCUUGUAGCCACCCGUUAUAAGUGUUUUCCCGAAUAUUUUCCAUAUCGAGUCUGUCCUCCGCUCAAUGGAUUGGUCUUGCUUCAUGAACAGUUGAUCUAUAACCCCGUCACGGGAGAGUCCAUUACCAUAAACUUACCAAUAGUGAUAGCGAUUGGUAUUAGAAAAAGCUUGUUUGGGUACGAUCCGAUUAACAAACGAUUCAAAGUCUUGUGUACGACUUGCAAGAGGUCACCUUAUGAAGAAUCUACUACUCAUCACGUUUUUUCACUGGGGAGUAGUGGAGAAGUUAUACGGACAAGGACGAUGGAAACCGAACCCUAUGAUGCUGGAUAUGGUCAAACAUGGAUAAAUGGUGUUUUGUAUUACCGAGCUAGUGUUGAAAGAGGUUGUGUGAUAGUUUGCUUUGACUUUAGCUCUGAGAAGUUCAGCUUUAUUGAGAUAGACAAAGCCAUGAAAGGUGGGACUCUGGUCAACUACAAAGGUAAACUAGGGGUAUUAGUAAAACAGCGGUGUGAAGUUGUGUUGUGGGUUCUAAAGAAGAUGCUCGAAACCAUAAAUGGUCCCAAAGUGUACGCGUGGUGUUAA